GAAGUCAAAGUUAACUGGGCAACAACUCCUAGCAGUCAGAAGAAAGACACAUCCAAUCACUUUCAUGUUUUUGUGGGAGAUCUGAGUCCUGAGAUCACAACUGAUGACAUCAGAGCUGCAUUUGCACCUUUUGGGAAAAUCUCGUAAGUUCCAAGAGGUUACACAUUUUUGUGGAACAUGUUUGGGUUUUGUCUGAUAAAUGUAAAGGAGUUAUGUGCAAUCUUAAAUAAACUUUCAUAAAAUUAUGGACAAAUGUUUAAUUAACUUUUUGUUACUGCUAGUUGUUGGUAGUUGAUAACUUCAACACAAUCACAAUUUAAAAAAUGUAUUGAUGCAAAAUAAUACAAACAUUGUAACAUAUAGUUAUUUUACAUUUUCUUUAUUUUCUUGAGGUGCUAGCGUUAGCUGGUAUGCAGUCACACUUCUGACAGAAAUGAAAGUUUUGUUUUACAAAAUUGUGUUAUCCUGUCUUCAUUUCCUUCACAGACCUACUCUUUUACCAAUUAUAAGCCUUCACAUUUCAAUUGUUGUUGUUUAGAUUUUCUACAGUAAUUCUUUUAAAAACGUGAUGUUAUAGCUGGAGACAUUUUGCUUUAUUUUGCAUUAAUGAUAUUUGAAUCACAUAGGCUAAUCAGUGUCACCAAUAAACACAGGGCAGUAUAGUCAAUAUUGUGUCCCCAAAUCGAUCUGUUUUAAAUUGUACUAUAAAUUAUUUUCAUCACUAAUCUCCUUUGCUAUGCAGAAAUGGGUAAGUAGCUUUGAUAUGCUAAAGCAGUUCAAUAUUUGGUUGAAAACACAAAAAAAAAUAUAUGCAGUACUACUAUGAGAAAUUUUUAGAUUCUCCUUUAGCUCUGAGUGUCAGUUAAUAGAGCUCUGGUUAUUUUACAGAAAUGCUCAUAGGAUUGGACAGGAGCUUGAAGGCUAACAGCAAGGAACUGUGCACUCUGGGAACUCAGAUGUAGAUUUUUUUUUUCUAUUCACUCUUUGCUUUUCAUAUUUGUAUACUGCAAUAUUUUCCCAUUAACGCUAAAGUAGUGUAGACUUUUAACAAACUUGAGAAUACAUGCAUAUUUACUUGUAAAGUAUUGUUCAUAAUGGUUUUCCUAGUUGUGUUGAUAGUUUGAUUCUUCUAAAAUUCUGAAAUGUUAAUUUUUCAAAAUUUGCAGCUUCCCAAACUCUCCUUAUUGGUGGUAAAGAAUUGACCAGGAAAAAUAAAGAAAUCUGUUAACAGGCCAUGGAUGCACGUGUGGUGAAGGAUAUGACAACAGGGAAAUCAAAGGGGUAUGGAUUUGUGUCCUUCUAUAACAAACUGGAUGCUGAGAAUGCCAUAGUACACAUGGGGGGUCAGUGGCUUGGUGGGCGACAAAUCCGGACUAACUGGGCAACUCGUAAACCACCUGUCCCCAAGAGCAUUCAAGAGAACAGUUCCAAGCAGCUAAGAUUUGACGAGGUGGUGAAUCAGUCGAGUCCACAGAACUGCACCGUGUACUGUGGUGGCAUUCAGUCAGGUCUCACAGAACACCUUAUGCGACAGACGUUUUCUCCUUUUGGACAGAUAAUGGAGAUUAGAGUUUUUCCAGAGAAGGGGUAUUCUUUCAUCAGAUUUUCCUCCCAUGAAAGCGCUGCCCAUGCCAUUGUUUCAGUGAAUGGGACCACCAUCGAGGGUCAUGUUGUGAAGUGCUACUGGGGUAAAGAGUCACCUGACAUGGCCAAAAACGUCCAACCGAUGGAAUAUGGCCAAUGGGGACACUGGAAUCAAAUGUAUGGCAAUCCUCAACAAUAUGGUCAGUACAUGACGAAUGGCUGGCAAGUACCGUCCUAUGGAGUAUAUGGGCAAACAUGGAAUCAGCAAGGAUUUGGUGUAGAACAGUCACAGUCCCCUGCGUGGGUGGGAGGAUUUGGGACACAACCCUCUCAGGCUCAGCCUGGCGCAGUGAUGAACCAAGCUAACUUUGGCAUGGCAGGGUACCAGACACAAUGAUUUGACCUUCACUGUCCAUAAUACACAUCUCUUUUCACUUUUUUUUUAGAAACAGCUCUCAUGGGGAGGAUAGGUAAAGACUAAAAGGAGCUCAUCUUUUCCCCACAAGCAUUUGGUCUAAAGCAGGAUUUGCUUUAUUGUUAAGACACAUUUAAAAUGAAACGGGGGACAAACUGCUUUAAUGGAAUUCUGAAUUCAUUUACAAGAUUUAUUCCUGUUUUAAUGGAAUUGAAGAAGUUGUGUUGUAUCUGUUGCCCCACCCCCUUUUUUAAUUCUACAUAUCUUGAAGAUAACUACAGCUUUUUCUCUUAAGCCCAGCUUUAGGAAAUUCACAGGUACAUUGCAGAAAACCCAUGGUAUAAAUUAUCUGAACAUAUUGUGUUAUACAAUGAGUAUUUUUAUUUUUCCCCUUCCUAAAUAGCUGGUCAUGCAUUUGCUUGUUCAUAACGGUUUGGACUUGAAGUUUUGUACAAAAACACAACAAACAACAGUAUUCUGGCUUUGCAAACAAAUGUAAGUAAAGGCACUUUUUGGGGGUUCAUCGAACCUGUGUCAUGUAAAUGUUGAAGUGUAAAUGAAUUUCUAUGUGCAGUGGUGUAUAUUUAAUCCACAUUAGCUCCCCAUUCUCCUAGAAAUUCUAGCGCUCUUUGAUACUGUAUGUAUAAUGUAUCUUUUUACUUAGAUUUACAGACACAAUAAAAUAUCUCCCAUUCACAAUGGAGGAAGGGUGAUAAUGGCCAAACCUGUAAAUAUCUUUUGAUAACUUGGCCUGGAAUAAGGGUUUCAAAACAUGCGUUCUACUUGACAAUUUUGCAUAACUAAUGCAGCAUGUGUUAGACAAAUUUUUAUGUGUGACCGACAUGCUGAACAGAUUCAGUGAAAUUCACAAGCAAGCCUUAAUUUUUGGUCAGUCACACACAAUUCAGUUUAACGCUUUGAGACCCUUGUAAAGAGCUGUAUAAUUGAUUUUAGAGCCGACUGUAAAUUUCGUCCCUUUGCUGUUUUAACAAAAUAUGUGCCAUUUUUGAGUAGCCAGAGAAAAGUUGUUUGGAUAUUUUUUUUCCUGGGCACAGUAAGGAAUUGCAUGUUUCAAACUAUAAUAUUGAGUUUGCUCAAAGCAUUGAAUGUAAAAAGCAGAAAUGUUUGAAUACAAUGUAGCAUUUUAAGUUUUCUUUUUAGUCUAAAUGAGUCAAUAAAUGAACCA